GGCGGAUGUCCACCUCACUCCGGUGCGGGUGUUGUCCGUCUCCCCCGGCUGCUUCCAUCUAUCCGUGCAGUUCACUUCAUUGUAUUGGCCGUGCUCAUCAAUUAAGCCCGUUUUAGGUGCAGUAGUUACCUGCUGGAACUCCGGGGAGGACUAGGAAACCGCGGGCGGGAGGCCGGGAGAAGUUUUUGAGUGCGGGGGAAAGCGGAGAGAGACGAAAACACAGUCAUGCCCUCAGUGAUGGAGCGCUCGGGGGCCGGGGUCCUGUCCAGGAGCAGAGCCAAAACCGUAACCAACGGCAACAGCCAACCACACUCCGAGGAGGAGAGCAGCGACGAAGAGCACGCUCACGACAGCAUGAUCAGAGUGGGAGGAGACUACCAGGCUCAGAUCCCGGAGUUCAAACCAGACAGCCCAGCUCGCUACAACGAGAAGGACCAGAGGAGCAUGCUGGUGUGGUGUCCCAACAGUCAGCUCUCUGAUGCCAUGUUGGACGAAUACAUCCUGAUGGCUAAAGAGAAACAUGGAUACAACAUGGAGCAGGCUCUUGGCAUGUUGUUGUGGCACAAACACGACGUGGAGCGCUCGCUGGCCGACCUGGCAAACUUCACCCCCUUCCCAGACGAGUGGACAGUCGAGGAUAAAGUGUUGUUCGAACAGGCCUUCAGCUUCCACGGCAAGAGCUUCCACCGCAUCCAGCAGAUGCUUCCAGACAAGAUGAUCUCCAGUCUGGUGAAGUAUUACUACAGCUGGAAGAAGACCAGGACCAGGACCUCCGUUAUGGACCGACAGGCCAGGAGGCUGGUCAGCAAGAGGGAGAAAGAUGACAGUAAUGAUGAGGUGGAGGAAGGAGACCCGGGCAGCGACAGCGACUUUGAGAUUGACGCCAAGAAAGAGCAGGCGGUAAAGCAGAACCCGAGCAGCACCACCUCCGAUAAAGCCACCCCCAGUCGCUCUGGACCGGUGAAGAAGGAGAACAUCGGUGCUCAGUACAGACACCACCCGCUCAGAGCCCGUCGCAGGCCGCCCAAAGGGAUGCACCUGGUGCAGGGGGAUAUCAUGUCUCUGUCGGCCUCCCACGAUUCUGGCGUUCUAACCAUACGUCAGCUGGACACGCAGCUGGUUUCACUCAAGAGACAGGUUCAGUCUAUUAAACAGAACAACAGCAGUUUGAAACAGAGCCUAACCGAGGGUGUUGAUACAUUAAAACCCACUGACCCUGCCCCGAAGAUGAACUCUCGUUGGACCACAGAGGAGCAGCUCCUGGCCGUGCAGGCCAUCCGUCGCUACGGUAAAGACUUCACAGCCAUCGCAGAAGUGAUAGGAACGAAGACACCAGCCCAGGUGAGCUCGUUCUUCGUGAGCUACCGGCGCCGCUUCAACCUGGACGAGGUGCUGAGGGAGUGGGCGGCGGAGCAGGUGGCCACCAGCCGAGACCAGAGAGACCCCAGGAGGAGCAGCGAGGAGAUGGCAGCAGCUACAGAUGGAGGCGCAGAGGAGGACGAGGUCAAGAUGGAGGACUCCCCCUCAGACGCCCCCGGUGGCUCCUCUCCCCCCUCCUCCACCCAGACCCCCUCCUCCCUCUCCCAGCCUCCCCCUCUGCUGCGCCCGGCUCCCCCCUCCGCCCCUCCCAGCCUCCUCCGCCAGCCGCCUCCCCUCCAGACCCGCCCGCUGCAGAACCGAGCGCCCCACAACCACCCACCGCCUCCGCUGAUCCGACCCGCCGUCACCUCCUCCUCCACCUCCACCGGGAGCUCCAGCCUCAGGGGCUCUCCACCCACCUCCUCCUCCUCCUCCUCCGCUGCAGUGCAGAUGCCUCCAUCACUGGUCGGGCUCAAAGUGGAGCAGCCCACCUCCCACUGAUACACACAUAUGACACAUAGAAACACACAUAGUAGCAUGCAGACACACACACACACACACACACACACACACACACACACACACACACACACACACACACACACACACACACACACACACAUGAAGCUCCAUCAUCACUUCACGCCUUCACUCCUGGGACCACCACAACAUCUUCUGCUCAGGUCCCAAAGGUGACGCCGAGUGUGAGGAGGACCCCCCCUCAGCGAUCUGAAGCCCCUUUACUGUACGAACACACACCUACCUCCAGCACACGGCUCUGUAACACACACACACACACACACUCACUCACACACACUUCACUGAACAAAGAGACACUGGAUCAUCAAGCUGUUGAAGAAAGCCAUGACCCACCUGCUCGUCUCCAUGGCAACUGCUGAACAUCUGGAUUGCAGAGGAAUGCGGUUGAACACACAGGAACACACUCUGUCUAUAUAAAUAUCUAUACGGUGGGUUCCACUGGACGGCAUCGAGUCGUCCAAACUACUUUCAGGAAACGGAAACGAGAGGAAGAGUCGGCCACGUCUGAGCCAAACCCGCUCCUCCUUUGCUUUAAAGCUUCGCGAUAGAAGCUGCGAGUUCUGGGUUUUUGACGGUUGUUGAUGAAUCUGUCGGUUCCUAAUUGAGCAAAAAAAGAAAAGAAAAAGAAGAGCAGGAGGUGUCGGUCUGCUCUCAGCCAUGUGUUACUAGUAUUAACUGGAGUGAUGUUGCCCUUUUUCUUUUGACUAGACGUUUAAAGGUGGUAGGCGGGUAGUGACUGUAUGUAGUUUAGAUUCUUUAUUCUGAUGAUUUCUGACUGAGCACUGAGGACAUAAAGAGCCUUUUAACACAUGAAGAAGUCCCACCAACCAACGCUGUAGCCUCUCCUCUGUGCGACACGUUGGAUCUACUCCGACAGGUUUGUGUCCACUGGAAGAAAAAAAAGUUCUGCCAAAGUCUGUUAUCGCUUUAAAAGCACACAAGAGUUCCAACGUCCCCGGUCGAGAAAAGUUGCUUGGCAUCGUUAUAAAAGCAUCCAAACCAGCUCCGGUUGGUCAGGAUGUUUGAUUAAUGAACAAAAAUGAAUUUACAAAGAAGCGAUGACGACUCCGAAGCUUCCUCCAGAGGCCAAAGGAGAUCAGAAAGAAGUUAACGAUUAAUUUCGCCAACGAAUCGUCAGGAAAAGCUGCAUUUUUUUGGUCUUGGUCUUGCUUAAUGCAUCCUGAGGUGACGAUUUCAGAACUUCACCAACAAACGACUGAAGCCGUACCUGUCUGUGACACGUUAACUCCUCCUUUCUGUCCUCUUUAUCACUGCCUUUUCACAGACGUUUCUGCAGCUCCGAGUCGAGUCGUUCCGUUUGGCUUUAAAGUGACUUUGCUCGGACUUGUUUUCUUACGUUUGUUCAUUCGUUCCUCAAAAAAAAAAAACCUGCUUGUGUGUAACGUAUGUGAGAAGUUGUUUACAUCGUGGAAACUGAACUGUUUGUGUCUGAGAAAUGUUUUUGUUUUUUUAAGAAUAAAAAAAUGACCAAAUA